AUGGUGCUCCCAGACUAUCUGAGCGACCUUCUCCAGUCGGGCGCGCGGGAGAUAGGCCGCGGCGGGGUGGCUGGCGUGGUUGCCAGCUGGACCGCGACUGGCGGUCAGUCGGAGCCCUGCCCGCUCCCACCACCCUGUCCGCCUGGGCCUGCCUGCCCCAACCUGACCUGCCCGGAGCUGACUUGCCCCGAGGCGGUCUGCCCGGCGUGCCCGGCGCUGAUCUGCCCUGAGGGGCCGCCGUGGGCGCUGCUUGCCGCGGCCGUCGUGUUCAACGUGGUGGUGGCAGCGGUCGGCGGCUUCUGUGCCGGGCUGAUGCCGGGCAGUAGGAUCCUGGUGCGCUACGUGGACGCCGGCGAGGACCUCCUGCACGAGCGCGUGUGCCUGUGGCCGGUGAGCUUCGAGGAGUGGAUCACGGAGUCCCCUGAUGGCGACCAGAUGCCUGAGCGUCUGUCAGGCCCUGACGUCGAGGAGUUCAUCGUGCUGGCGCCUGGUGGCGGGGUGCCUCGGCACGUGGCCUCGCCGAGGUACCGGUUCCGACGAGAGAUCGGCGCCCGGGAGCUCCGCGUGAAGGUGAUCGAGGCUCGGCACUUGGCGCGCCAGGCGCUCGCCGCUGGCGAGGCGCCGCUGCCCGCGCCGCUUCACACGCAGCAGUGGGACGGGAGCGUGCUGGCGCUGGAGGACUUCUGGCGGCUUGGAGGUGCUCCUGCCCGCCGCGGGCGGGGUAAGGCGCCACCGAUUGUGCUGGAUGCGCCCGACGACGAGGACGACGACAAGGGGGGCACCCAGACCCCUCCACCCCGAGAGGAGGCUGUCGCCGCCGAGGCGACCGCCACCGUGGAGGACGAGAAGGACUACCGCUGGGUCGUCGGCGAGCCGAACUCCUCGUUCCCGCUCGGCACCGAGUUCACCGUCGCGACGAUCCUCGCCGAGAGGGACGCCUGCAGGCUGGGGGAUCGGAUGCUGGUGAGCGUCGCCGCGACCCCUGCCUCGGGUCGGACCGCCGAGGGCGUCGUGGUGCUCUACCGCCUCCACGUGGACGACGUGCCUGGUUUUGGGGCCAGGCGCUGGAAGGACAUUGCCGCGCUUAUGCCCCGCGACGGGUCUGCGGCACCUGAGCCUCCUCUGCCUGCCCCUGUGGACGCGCCGCCUGAGCUGGACCUUGACGACGCCAGGACCCUGUCCGUGCAGUACGACGAGCAGGGCGAGAGGUUCCGCUCGUGGAAGGAGGCCGUCGCCAAGAUGCACGAGAGCUUCUAUGAGGACUGGCCCGUCGAGGGCCCGCGCACCAUGCUUUGGAUGGCGAAGAACAUUGAGAGGACUGGAGGCUCCCCGAUGCAGUGGUACCACAAGUAUCUCGUCGAGAACCGCAUCGCUGCUUCGGACCGUCUCGCGUACGAGCUCCAGGCGAUGUGCCGCCUGCUGGAGCACGCCGGGUGCUACGAUCAGCUCAACCUCGCGUCGCUGGCCGCGUUCGAGGUGUUGGCGAGGAGGAUGCAGCUGUUGCUGGACGCGGCCAGUCGUGGUCCUGGAGAGGGCCGCUUUGAGGACGAGGAACUGUGGUCAGGCCAUUCGCAGCGGACGGCGGGGAUCGCCCCGGCCCUCACCGCUCACGUGGCUACCCGUACCAAAGAGAAAGCCGAGAUCGAGAAGCAGCGCCAGAAGGCCAUCACUCGUCGUGCCAACGAUGCCAUCUCAACCCUGAACUGGCUGAGCGGGUGCGGUGGGGCGGCCCCCGAGGGGAUAUGCUCGCCGGCGCAGGCCGAGGCCGUCCAGCACAUUAAGGGCGUGAUGGAGCGCUCUCAGGCUGUUGAUGCUGUUCCGCGUCCGCAUGAAGCCGCACGCGCGCUUCUGCGUUCCCGAGCCGGAUAUGACUCGGAUGAGCACAUUGUGAGCGACUACCAGGAAGAGCUGUUGUCGGUACCCGCGUCGUGCAAGGACUGCCCUUAUGCGGUCGAUGUGGUGCCAGCUGAGGCUGCAUCAAUGCUGGUAGAUUUUGAAGAACGCAUGGUCAGGCCUGACAUCGAAUUUUGGGAGCUGGAGGACAACUCGGAGCCGGUCACCCCCUACAUGGACCGAAACUUGUCGGGGGAUCGACAGGCCUACAUCAAGUUUGUCCGUCGGCUGGAGUCAAUUGGUGUGUUGCGGUGGUGCGCCGCUGUCAAGGAGCGCGCCACCGUGUUCUGUGUGAAGAAAAAGUCGGGGAUGCAGCGGCUAGUGGUCGACGCUCGCCGCAGCAACCGCCGCUUUCGCGAUCCCCCCGGAGUGGAGCUGGCCACCGCCGAGUCGCUAGGGCUCAUCGAGGUCGACGACGACGUGGAGGUGUUCAUCAGUACAGGCGACGUGCGGGACGCGUUCUACCGCUUCAAGAUCGAUGUGGAGCUCAGCCGCUACUUCGGGCUGCCGCCGCUGCGAGCGGAGGAGCUCCACCUUCACGAGGCUGAGGGGGAGUGGCUGUCGCCGGACCGCUGGGUGCACCCCUGCUUCGCGGUGCUCCCCAUGGGGUUCAAGUGGUCGCUCUACCUCGUACAGGAGGCGGUCACCAAGCAGGUGGAGGAUGCCACGGGCGCGACCGCCGAUCGGCGCCUGCAGACGUUUGGCGGCUCGCGCCUGAUUACCUCAGGCGGGCAGCCUCUCCACUAUGUCUACGUGGGCAACGUGGGCUUUCUUGGCGGUCAGCCUGAGGAGGUGCAGACGAUGAAGGAUUGUGCUUGCGAGCGAUUGGACGGCGUGGGGCUGUCCACUCACGAGCACAUCGAGGCCCAGACUCAGUCGGAAGUGCUGGGCGUGGCGAUCGAUGGCGGCCGGGGUAUUGUAGCCACGUCGCUCAAGAGGAUGUGGAAAGUCGACAGCCUGCUGACCUGGCUGCUGGACCGUGGAGUUGCCUCGGGGCACCAGCUGGAGUCGACCGUUGGCCACCUGACCUUCAUUUCCAUGCUCCGUCGCCCCCUGUUGUCGGUUUUGUCUGCGACCUACCAGUUCAUUCGCAGCGCUGGCGGUGAGCAGGUCGACCUCUGGCCCUCUGUGCGGGCCGAGCUUAGUGCAGCACGAGCCCUGUUACCCUUUGCCUUUGCUCAGUGGAGAUUGCCCUGGCAUGGCGAGGUGGUGGCGACGGAUGCCUGCCCUACAG